AACAAUGGCCCCGACUUCAGCAUGCCACGAGGUUUCCACCCAAACGCCUGGAUUGAAGGUGUUCCCGGCCUCAAAGAAUUACGCCGCUAUUUACAAAGGAUUUUAUUACGUUCAUCAAAAAACUGGAGUGGAUAAACACAUUAUGCGGUGCACGCGACAUAACAGAGGGUGCCAUGGAAAACUACACCUAACAGCUAACUACGAAUCCUUAGCUUCGACAGCAUUAGCUGGGGCCGAAAAUCAUAGCCAUCCCGCUGAACCAGAUUAUUGUGAGCUGAAGUACUCGGUCUGGAAGUUGAAAUCUGCGGCAAAAUCCUCCCUAGAGCCAACUUCUGCCAUCCUUGCUGAGCAACUGGCCAAUGUUUCUGUUGAAGUCCAAGGAUCCUUUCCAAAAAUUAGUUCACUGCAAAGGGUUGUUCAGAGAUCUCGUGCUGCGUCAAGACUUUGCAAACAAACAGGAAGCACCCCUGAUUCUCUAGUAGAAUUGCCGAGCUAGCGUCCACCAACGGUUCCCCAAACCAAUAUUUUUUGUGAAAGGUCUCCUUAAAAGACAAAUACUUACGGAAUUUAGAUUGGAACAGUUAAACUGCACGAUUGACCCAACUUCAUAUUAUAUCUGUGUGGGGUAGCUAAUUGUUGUAAAUGUGAUGGUUUAAUUUUGGAUGUAUAGGUUUUUUGGUAGCAUUCUCUGCAGAAAUUAUAUUUUCAUUAGUAUUUUUUACUGAGAUUUUUUACGAUUCUUCGAUUUGUCGUGUUUAAAUUAUUAUUGGUUAAAUACAUACGUUGACUGGAUAUGGAAAA